AUAUCUUUUUAGGUUUAUCGUCAAUCAUAUCGUCAAUCGUUGCGAUUUCUUUUAUUGCAAUUUAUAAUUUCUGCAAUUUAAAAGUUUUAAAUCUUAAAAUGGAAACUAUAGAAAAAAUUAAAGAAAACGAAUGCACGCUUAAAAUAUUGUGCUGCGAAUGUGGAACAGCAAUUAAUCCAAAUCCUUCUAACAUGUGCAUCGGAUGUCUCAGAACUCACGUUGACAUCACAGAAGGUAUCACUAAGCAAGUUUCAUUGUAUUUUUGUAAAGGUUGUGAGAGAUAUCUCCAGCCACCAGCUGAAUGGAUACACUGUGCAUUGGAAUCAAGAGAACUUUUGUCUCUUUGCUUAAAAAAAUUAAAGGGGCUACAGAAAGUAAAACUUAUUGAUGCUUCAUUUGUUUGGACUGAGCCUCAUUCUAAGAGAAUAAAGCUGAAACUAACAGUACAGGAUGAAGUCAUUGGAGGUGCAAUUCUUCAACAAGUAUUCAUUGUAGAAUACAUGGUAAAUCACCAAAUGUGUAAUGAUUGUCAUCGUACUGAAGCUAAAGAUUAUUGGCGUGCUUCAGUUCAAGUGAGACAAAAAUCUGAAAACAAGAAAACAUUUUACUAUUUGGAACAAUUGAUACUUAAACACAAAAUACAUGAAAAUGCUCUUGGAAUAAAACCAAUUCAUGAGGGAAUUGAUUUUUAUUAUGCCACUGAAGCACAUGCUCGUAAAAUGGUCGAUUUUUUAAAUUCAGUCCUUCCAUGUCGUUAUCAACACUCUAAAAAGCUUAUUUCACAUGAUAUUCAUAGUAAUAUUUACAACUAUAAAUUUACCUACUCUGUUGAAAUUAUUCCACUCUCCAAAGAUAGUGUUGUAUGCUUACCUAAAAAGUUUGCCCAACAAUGUGGUGGUAUAUCUCAAAUAUGUCUUGUUCAUCGAGUUACUAGUGCAUUGCAACUAAUUGAUCCUGCCAGUUCUCAGAUAACAGAAAUAAACUCAAAAUUAUUUUGGAGAAAUCACUUUGGUAGUAUUUGUGAUCCCAAACAAUUAGUUGAGUAUAUUGUGAUGGAUAUUCAACCCAUAAUGGAUAAAAAUCGUAAUAAAUUUCCUGGGCAAGGUUUUAUAUCCAACCGUCAUAUUUUGGCAGAUACAUGGGUUGUUCGAGCUUCUGAUUUAGGCAUAGAGGAAAAUUUUAUUCAUGCAAGAACACAUUUAGGAGCCAUUUUAAAACCAGGAGAUUCUGUUUUGGGGUACAAUCUCAAAGACAGUAAUAUAAAUGAUGAAAAUUUUGAUAAAAUGGACAUUAAUUAUCUUCCUGAUGUCAUAUUGGUAAAAAAAUAUUAUGAUCGUUCAGUCCAGAGAAGAAAGAGGAUGUGGAAAUUAAAGCAUUUGAAUGCUGAAGAUAUUGUUUUGACAACGAAUUCAAAUGAUUAUAAUGAAUUUUUGGAUGAUCUGGAAGAAGAUCCUGAGCUAAGGCAAAAUGUAAAUAUCUUCAGAGACAAAACUAAAAUUAUUCCUGUUGAUGCUGAUGAUGGUGAUCCAACAGUUCCAACUAUUACAUUAGAAGAAAUGCUAGAUGAUUUAGUUAUUGAUGACGUUGAAAUGAAUGAAUGAAAAUAAACGCAUUUCCUUUGAGCGA